AUGAAACGCCUUUCCUUGUGUCUUUUCCUUGUCCUUUUCUGUGUCUUGACUUUGCAAGCUUCCUACCAUUCCGUUCUCGCUCAGCAAUGUAAAAACAGAAAGCCUUUCGCUAACCCAGCCCCAUGUUCAGGUUGUACCUUCUGUACAGCCACUGCCUCAUCCUCCUGUUGUACUGCUCAAGAAGAUUCUGCUGCUUCCUUGAGUGCUUCUUUGGGUAAAAUCAUUUCUCAAGGUUGUUAUGAACAAAUGGCGAUGGCUGCUUGUGCUGUUUGUGAUCCUAAAAAUUCACAAUAUAUCAACACUGAUACUAUGCAAAUGAAAGUCUGUAAGAGUGCUUGUCAAAGAUUGGCCAGUUCAUGUGGUACAUCAAGUACAAUAUGCGAUAGUUUACCAACCACUGAUUGUUGGAGUGAGGCAAGUACUGUGAAGAGUUUGCAAGUGAUGGGAAUGAUGAUGGUUGUCAUGUUGUUGAUGAGUGUCUUCUUGAUGUGGUAA